AUGGUCUCAACUUACCAUCCCUAUCCACAACUUAAGGUGAUACGUCUUGCAGCUGUUUCUGAAUUCCUCGAUAAAUCACAUCUAAAUAAUUUUCAACAAUAUAUAUGGCGUUUACCUUUUUUCGAUUUUCCCAAUGUCUGCUACUCUUAUAAGAAUCGACAAGGUCAACUUGUUCGCACCGGAUAUUUUUAUAAAUGGAUACAGCUUUAUUUGGAAUAUUAUAAUGCCUCCAUUGAUCAUAUUUUCAUUGAUGUCUGGAAAUAUAAUUACAGCCAGACGGAUGCUAUUUCUAUGGUCAAUAAUUUGAAUAUAUGUAUGAUACCAGCAUUUCUAACUAGAAAUCCCAAAUAUUAUGAAAUGAGCAAUGUUUUACACUUGACCAGAACUUUGCUGAUGGUACCUAGUGAUCAAGAGAUACCAGCAAGUUUAUAUCUUAUUUUACCCUUCAGGGGUUAUGUAUGGUUGGCAGUCAUUGUAAGUGGAGUUAUGCUGUUCCUUUUAGUAUAUGUCAUGCAACGUAAAAUAACUAAAGUCAAGGAUUUAAGUAAAUUAGCUUUACAGGUUUUUAAAAUAUUGAUAUUCCUUGGUACUGGUUUAGAAGGAGGUAAAUUGGUAAGGGAUUUCCUUUUACAUUUAAUGUUUCUAUUUACCGGUAUCUUUCUUACCAACUAUUAUACCUCUAAGUUAUCCAGUCUGUAUGCUAGCAAGGUAUAUGAGCCAGAACUUAAACAUCUCAACGACAUAGAACGUACGGAUUUAAUGAUAUUGGAAUAUUCCGUGGACAUGGACUAUUUGUUAAAUUUGCCUAACUUACCAGAGACAAUUAAGGCACGUUUUAUUGUGGGCAACAAUAAUGAUUUACCAGAAUAUCGUAAAAAUCUUAAUAUGACUUAUAUAUAUUCGAGCCAUGAGGAACUAAUGGACUUUCUGUUAUUUCAACAACAUUAUCUUAAACAUCCCUUCGCCAAAAAACUUGAUCAGCCUUUAUAUCAUCGAGCACAAUUUAUAACAUUGCCUCAUCGUUCACCUUUGAUUGAUCAUUUUAAUAGAUAUUUAUCGCGUAUACGUGAAAAUGGUUUGUUGGAAAAGUUUAUAGCGGACAGUAAAUGGGAUGGCGUUUUAAGUGGAUAUUUGACUUUAUUGCGUGAUCCUGAGGAAAGGAAAUCUUUAAAACUGGAAUAUUUUCGUUAUGCUUUUGUUAUUUGGUUUAGUGGUUUAUUGAGCGCUUUUGUAGCAUUUUCAGUUGAGUUAAUGAUUUCUAUUGCAUAA